AUGUUCGAAAACAAACUCGUGAAAAACACGAAUCUGCCUUCUAAUGAUUCGAACUCACCUCCAAAGCAAUCGAACCCUGUGAAAGGUCUGAAACCCUAUAGAUCAACAUUUGCUACAUCAGUUGUUGAUAGGCCUGUACGAAAAUGUGUUAAAUGCAAUAAAGAUCAUUUUUUGAAUCAGUGUGUUAAAUUUCGUGAAUUGAGCUAUGAAGAUAAAAUUGAGUUUGUCAGGAACCGAAAGCUUUGUUUUUCAUGCCUCGAACCUGGUCACUGGAGCAAAGACUGUAAGCGAACAAAGCCUUGUAAGGUUGAAGGAUGCAAGAGAAGACAUACAACGGUUCUUCAUCCUCCAGACAAAAUCCAAAUUAAUCAUUCUGGGACAAAAGUACGUGUUAAUGGUGACAAAAAUGCUAUUGUGACAAACGCAUUUUUUGAUAAUGGUUCCACUUGCUCAUUCAUAAGUGAGUCUCUUAUGCGCAAGUUAAAUGUUGAUGGUCUCAAGAUAAAUUUGAAUGUUCGUACAAUAAAUAAUGAAACUGAAAGUAAACAAAGUAUCAUUGUGAAAGGUCUUGAAAUUUCGGACUUUGAUGAAUCUGAACCCUCAUGA